CCGGAGCUGACCACGCGCGCUAGCCCGUCGGAGGGCCCGUGCGCAGCCCGCCAAAGCCCAUCUCCUCUACCAGGUGGCCCAGCUAGCUUCCCAGCCCUAGACGAUUGGACCGAGCCGAGCCAGUUGGCUGGUCGCGCAUCCCUUCUUUCCUGCUUUGGUCCGGUCUGGAGGAUGCCUGGGGCCCCGGCAGCCGUCUAAGUAACCGAGGAGUGAAGGAGGGCAAAGUCCCGGGCGGGAUGGUGCAACAGAAGAGAGGUCGCGUUGGCGAAGCCAAGCGGGAAGGCUGCCAGCAGCCGGCCGCGGGCGAGAGGGCGCGGCUCCGCCGGGAGACCCCUGGUGAGCCGGGCUGGUGCAAGACCCCCAGCGGCCACAUCAAGCGGCCCAUGAACGCUUUCAUGGUGUGGUCGCAGCACGAGAGGCGUAAGAUCAUGGACCAGUGGCCCGAUAUGCACAACGCUGAGAUCUCCAAGAGGCUGGGCCGCCGCUGGCAGCUGCUGCAGGACUCCGAGAAGAUCCCGUUCGUACGCGAGGCUGAGCGGCUGCGUCUCAAGCACAUGGCUGACUACCCAGACUACAAGUACCGGCCCCGUAAGAAGGGCAAGGGGGCGCCCAGCAAGGCUCGGCCCCGCCUCCCCAGCAAGACUAAACCGUCGCUUUUGGGCCGCGGGGGUGGGGGGCGCAGAAAGGCCGCCGGGGAGUCUGGGGAGCAGCGCGGGGGAGGCCCGACUCUAGGGGAGGAAGUGGAAGCCGAGGACGAAGAGGAGGAAGAGGAGGAACUGUUGGAAGUGCGGCUGGUGGAGACUCCCGGGCGGGAGCUGUGGCGGAUGGUCCCGGCGGGGCGGGCUGGGGGGAGACCCGGGGAGCGGGCAGGGGGGCCGCGCCCGGAGCCGCAGUCGGAGGAAGCGGGGGGCACCCCCGAGACUUCGAGAUCCUCGCAGCGCGGAGUGUCCGCCACCUUGCCGGUUGGCUCCCCGGCUCCCUCUUCCCUGGUCCCUUCGGACGAAGAGCGCGAGGAAGAAGAAGAAGGGAGGGACGAGGACGACGAGGACGACGAGGAGGAAGAGCCGGAGAAGGAGCCUCUUGGGUUCCUGCCCCGGCAACUCCCAGGUGCCAUAGGCCCUGGCCUAGACUGCAACGCCCUCGACAGGGACCCGGACCAGUUGCCUCCUGCAGGGACCUCGCACUUCGAGUUCCCGGACUACUGCACCCCCGAGGUGACCGAGAUGAUCGCUGGGGACUGGCUUAUGUCCAGCAUCGCGGACUUGGUCUUCACCUAUUGAGCCAGGCACUCACUAGGUGACUCAGACUCCACAAAUCAGGUCGCACUCAAAAACCAGCUGUUUACAUACAGGAAUCAGGUCCCAGAUGCUGUGACUAUGAGAAGACUGCUGAACAUUUGAGGCUGGAAACAAAUUACAAAUGGAAGAAGCACAAUAAAGUGAAGAACCUGGGAAAGGGAGGGAUUGCCCCCCCACACACACACCUUCAAGCUUCUUGUUUUGGGUGGGCUGGGGGGAAUCAGUCUAAGCCUUCAGAGGUGGUGGUUAGAAGGCUGAGGGACAUACAUAACCUAUAUCAAAUUGCUUACCA